GAUCCAAUGGGGUUACGUUAGGCACCUUAUCUGCUGCUGUUCUGAUUGUUUCCCAUCGUUGAUGAUCUGAAGGUGCUUUUGUCUUGAACAGGUUCAGUGGUUAAAAUAGACUGCACCCCUCGGUCAAGAACAUGGUGCGUCCCCUGUGUGGACGAGACGUAUAUGAACCAACCCAAUAGGCUGACUAAGUGCUUCCCCUGCAGCUCCUGUGACCAAGGCCGUGGUCUCUUUGCCAAACAGAACUGCACAUCAACAAGUGACACCGUCUGUGACGUCAUCGCUGGUCACUUCUGCACGGACCUGAUAGAAGAUGAAGAAUGCCGUUCGGCACGCAGACAUUCAGACUGUGAACCUGGUCACAGGGUCAAAGAGCCUGGGACCAGAAGAACUGACACAACGUGUGAACCUUGUCCCGCAGGCAGUUUUUCACCGGAGGGUGUGAAUUGUUCACUUUGGACCAAUAGUCAAGUUUCCCCUGAGAUGGACCAACCCCCCAUCGGGAGAUUCAAGACGUCACCAACCCCCCAGGCCCGUUUCAUUUGGUCACUUUCAAUACAUCUACAAGCGUUCCUGGUAAUGUUCCGUUUUUAACACCAAAAGCACUAAAGCUCUUCUUCAUUUCUCUUUUUUGACAGUUGUUCAGAAAACCAAGUGGAGGUCAAAGGAGGAAACCUGACCAGUGACACUGUUUGUGGAGCUGCUUCAAGAGGCCUUUACUGGUUAAUACCUGUACCUGUAGUUGUACUUGUAAUGGUACUAAUAGGAACACUGGUUGUCCUCUGGAUCAAAAGUUAGUACUUGUCUUUGCAACCCUCAUCUGAUUGGCUGACAUGACUUUGUUCCAUCGUUGCCUUCACAGCCUUAUUGUUUAAGCUGAUACCUUUCUUGCUUUUGUAUUUCAGGGAGAAAUCAAUAGAACCAACAGGUACGUUGGCUCCAUAUGCAAAUGUUUGUCUCAAAUAGGCUGCACCACAUUAAAUCUGCUCCAUCACAGAGAACCUCCCCCCUGUAAUCUGGGAAACAGGGAACCGUAUUUUGCAUUAGUGCGCUAAUUGAACUCGUACGUUAACCCUCAACCUGAGGAACCCGUUUUGGAAGAAGAUCUUUGCUCAAGUGUCAGAGUCCGACUUUUACAAGCUUCAUGAGGUUGAAGCCUGCUGGAUGUUGUUGGGACGCCUCAAAGUUAAUUCAUUAAAUGCAAAUGUCAGUGAA